CUCUAGAACUUACACGAGGCGCCAAUAGAACAAAUUCAGUUACAUAAACUUCCAAAUUUGGAAACUUGAAAUUCCCAUUUUAGAAAGUUUCCAUAACCUUCUAGAAACUUUUAUGGCGCCUAUAUAAAUUCAAUUUUUCAAUACAUAUCAAAUUCCCCUUUUCAACUCCCAUUCUCUCUACUACUACUACUUCACACAUCGAGAAUAACGCCGGCAAUUUCAACUCCGGCAGCAUUUCGCCGUCGCUGUCCCCGUCGUUGAUUGGAAAAUGAAGGUGUUUCUGCCGAAUAGCUGCGCCGUGUGCGGCAAUGUCGCAGUGAAACGAUGCUCGCGUUGCAAGAUGGUUUAUUACUGUUCUGAAGCUUGCCAAAGAUCCGAUUGGAACUCGGGGCACACGUCUCGAUGUAGGGAUUUUCGAUCAUCUGUUAAAGGUAAUCCUGAGCAAUCAGCAUAUACUUUGCAAAGGAGGAAGUCUUUUUGCAGUUUGCUUGUUCCUUCUACUGGAAAAACUAAUAUACUAAAUCAGUCAAAGAAGGUACUUUUUCCAUAUGAAGAUUUCGAGAAAUACUUUUACUGGGAUGGUCCAAGCGUUCCUCCUUGUGGACUCAUAAAUCAUGGUAACAGCUGUUAUGCUAAUGUGGUUCUGCAAUGUCUAACGCACACUAAACCACUUGCUGUCUACGUGGUGGAGAAAGACCAUCGAGGAGAAUGCGGAUUAAAUGGUUGGUGCUUCCUUUGCGAAUUUCAACUCCAUGUUGAACGGGUUAUCCAUAGUUGGGAGCCCUUUUCACCAAUUGCCAGACUAUCAGAGUUGCCUAACAUUGGUGGUAAUCUUUCUUGUGUAAAGCAGGAGGAUGCCCAUGAAUUUAUGAGGUUUGCUAUUGACGCAAUGCAAUCAGCGGUCCUUGAUGAAUUUGGUGGAAGAACGGGUGUAUCUCCUAGCACUCAGGAAACAACUGUUAUUCAGCAUAUAUUUGGUGGUCACCUUCAAUCUCAGGUCAAAUGUUCAAAAUGUGGUAAUCUCUCUAUUCGGUUUGAGAAUAUGAUGGAUCUGACCGUAGAGAUUCAUGGGGAUGCUGAAUCUUUGGAGGACUGCUUAGAUCAAUUCACUGCUGAAGAGUGUAUGGAUGGUGAAAACAUGUAUAAGUGUGAUAGAUGCAAUGAUUAUGUUAAGGCAUCGAAGCGCCUAAUGAUCCAGGAGGCACCAAAUAUCCUAACAAUUGCUUUGAAAAGGUUUCAGGGAGGAGGUGGCAAACUAAAUAAGAGGGUGAUAUUUCGUGAAUGUUUAGAUCUUCUUCCUUACAUGAAUGAAGGAGAUGACAAUGACUAUUUCAAGCUGUACGCAGUGAUUGUUCAUGUUAAUAUGUUGAAAGCAUCAGAUUUUGGUCAUUAUAUCUGCUACAUCAAGGAUUUCAGUGGGAGUUGGUAUAGGAGCAAUGACUCUAAGGUGGAUAAGGUAGAUAUUGAUGAGGUUCUUUCACAGGAAGCAUACAUGCUCUUAUAUAGAAGGAUUGUUGCCAGGCCGACAUCCUUAUAUCCCCUUGAAUCAUUAAACAAAGAGGACCAUGAUUCAGUCAAAGUGGAAGGCAAACAGCAUUCCCUACUACAACCUCUUGAAGGUCAGAUGAUAACUGCGUCUGCUGCUGUAUGUGUUGAUUCUGGUUCGUUGCCAACUGAUAAUAGUUCAGAGAUAAAGGGUGUUGAUUCUGGUUCAUUGCCAACUGAUAAUAGUUCAGAGAUAAAGGUUGUCAGAGAAAAAGAGGCGUUGCCCUCAAUUACAGUCUCUGAGGAUGGAAAGGAGGAUGAUCAAAAUAUGGUAGAAUUGGGGGCAAGUCGUUAUGUCUUGCAGGAACAUCAGGAUGUUGGAGUAUCCAGUGCUGCUGAAGAAAUUUCUUACCUAGGAAUGUUAUUAUCUCCUUGUUCCCCCACUGAUAGUUCUUCUGAAACUGACGAGGGAUUCUUUGUUUCUGACAAUGAGGAAGAAACCGAGACUUCUGAAGGAACCGCCAAUGAGGAUCAAGAUUUGGUAGAAUGCGGAGCAAAUCGUCAGGAAUUUCAGGAUAUUGGAGUAUCCACUGCAGCUGAAGAAGCUUCUUGCCUAAGAGUGGUAUUAUCUCCUUGUCCCUUCAUUUAUAGUUCUGCUGAAGCUGUAAUACAGAAACCUGAAGGGAGAUCCAUUGUUUCUUAUAUCAAGGAAAAAACUGAGACAUGUGAAGGAACCACCAAGGAGGAUCAAGAUAUGGUAGAAUCGGAGGCAAGUCGUUAUGUCUUGCAGGAACUUCAGGAUGUUGGAGUAUCCAGUGCAGCUGAAGAAACUUCUGACCUAAGAAUGUUAUCAUCUCUUGGCUGGAGCAUUGAUAGUUCUGCUGAAGCUGUAAUACAGAAACCUGAAGGGCGAUUCCUUGUUUCUGACAUUGAGGAAAAAACCGAGACAUGUGAAGGAACUGUCAAUGAGUCUCAGUUAGAGAGUUCUAGUGAGGAUUCUACAGACACAAGGUUUGAGCCACUGUUUCCCUAUGGUUUUCUUGAGAAACGCAAGGGCGGAAAAGAAUUUUCAUCUCAAGGCAUACACGAUGUGAUCCUCGAAACAGACAGAGGUACUUCUUCUGCCAAAAAGUUUAAGCCACUGUUUCCCUAUGAUUUUCUUGAGAAACGCAAGGGCGGAAAAGAAUUUUCAUCUCAAGGCAUACACGAUGUGAUCCUCGAAACAGACAGAGGUACUUCUUCUGCGAAAAAGUUUAAGCCACUGUUUCCCUAUGGUUUUCUUGAGAAACGCCUACAUGCAAAGACUGGCUUGUCUUGUGGACUUUUUGAUGAUGCGAGCAAUGAGCAAAGGCCUGAGAAAUGAAAGUCCACAAUCUAGUAAACUCUGUGAAUCAACAUAUUGAGAUAUGGCACUCGACGAGACUUAAUUUCUGAUCUGGGCAAAUGAGGGUAACCUCUUCUGACUGUAGUUCAUGAUAGUAUUGGAGCUUAAAGCUGUAUAGAUAGCAUAGUUCUGAUUUACAAUUCUCUUGGAGAUUAAAGUUGUAUAGAUAGCUCAGUUCUGAUUUACAGUAGAGUUGACUCUCAAGUUGUAUAGAGAUAAAUAACAAAGUACCAUCUUUUUCAAUAUCGUAGAGGAAAACAUAAGAGGGGUAUAAGUUUUGAGAAGUGAAAUACAUCUUGUAGACAUGAAUUGUAUAUUGAUAUUCCUUUUACAUGAAUGAUUUUGGUGA